AUGUCAGAGCCUCCAAACCCAAAACCCAGGCUCGUAAUCUGCGUAGGCGACAUCCACGGCUUCGUAACGAAGCUGAAAAAUCUAUGGUUGAACCUCGAACGCAGCAUCGAACGAUCCGAAUUCGAAACUGCCACCGUAAUCUUCCUCGGCGACUACUGCGACCGCGGUCCCGACACCCGCCUCGUCAUCGAUUUCCUCGUGGCAUUGCCCUCCCGUUACCCGCGGCAGAAACACGUCUUCCUUUCCGGCAACCAUGACCUGGCCUUCGCCGCCUUCCUUCACCUCCUGCCGCCACCUCCUGACGGGUCGCCGUUCUCGGAUGGGUGGAAGGAGUACUCGGCGAGCGAGGAUCGUGAAGGGUGGUUCGGUGGUGAGGGGUUCGAGAAUAUGCACCUGCAAGGUCGAAGGUGGAGUGGUAAGAUAAAGGUUAAGUAUAACACUGUCAAGGAGACGGAGUAUCAAGGAUCAAUUUACGACGCUAGGCCAACCUUUGAAUCCUAUGGAGUUCCCCAUGGUUCCGCUGAUUUGGUUAAGGCUGUUCCUGAUGAGCAUAAGAAAUUUCUGGCUGAUUUGGUUUGGGUCCAUGAAGAGGACGAUGUCUUCAUUAACACUGAAGAUGGAAGUAAAUGCUGCAAGUUGAUUGCUGUUCAUGCUGGUUUGGAGAAAAGAGUAGAUGUGAAAGAACAGUUACAACUUUUGAAAGCUCGAAAUACUCGGGUGCCUAAGGUGGAGGCUCUAAGUGGGAGAAAGAGUGUGUGGGAUAUUCCAGAGGAACUAAGUGCAAGUCCAACCAUCAUUGUGAGUGGUCACCAUGCGAAACUUCAUAUAGAAGGCUUAAGGCUGAUCAUUGAUGAAGGUGGCGGAUUUAAAGAUAAACCAGUGGCUGCAAUUAUUCUUCCUUCACAGAAGAUUAUUCGUGAUACAGAUGUAUUAGCAGAAUAGUUUGAUACUCAUGAUAUUUUUGUUUGUAUAUGGCGUAGUCAACUUGUUAAGCUUUAGAUCUCAUGAGCAUUUAGCGAUGAGAUAUUUUGUGUUGAUAUGAAAUUUAGGUGGUUAAUAAAGCAUGGAACUAUUCCUUUUCCCAAUGCUAUGGAUCUUAAUCUUUCACCUUUUAUAUGACAAGUGCAAUGUGAAUGACUUGUUUAUUUGUGAA